CUCCAGAAUUAAUUCCAUCUUAAAUCACAUCGUUUCUUCUUCCCCAUUUUUUCCCUGACCCAGCCAUCUUCUAUCAAUCCACCGCCGCCGACGACGUCGCCGCCGCCGCCGCUAAUGUCGUCGUCGUCGACUUCUUAGGUCAUGACGUGUUAUUGCUAAAUUCACGUCUUCUUAAGUGAUUCUUCAAAGGAGAAUCUAACAAAGAUGCUACAGAAUAUUCCCCACCAAGUCGUGCAAUCUCCGGCCAGGCUAGGCCUGCCGAACCCCAACUCACCGUCUCUCCAAAACACGAACCUCCCUAAAUUCACUUCUCAAACCCCACAAAACCACCAGCAGCAGCAGCAGCAGCAGCAGUCGAAUCAGUUAACAACUCCGGCCGUUUCUUCGACACUCCUCCCUCUCCUCCCCCCUCUCCCUCGUGCUCAAUCUCUCCUCAUCCAGAUGGCGUCUCUCUCCUCCAAACUCUUUGAAGUUUCACCGAACCGACCGCACUGGAUCGGUGCAUUCCGUGGCCAACUCCCUUCCUUCUUGUCUUCACAACCCCAGCCAGUGGGGGCCGCCCCCCAAGACUCGUCUCCCUCUUCCGCCAAAGAAAUCAUCUCGCAAUUCGCAGCUCUCCAAACACAACUCUUCGAAGCUGUUGCGGAGCUCCAGCAAAUACUCGAUCUUCAAGACGCUAAACAGAAACUCGCCCGCGAAAUCCGAUCCAAAGAUUCAGCCCUUCUCGCCUUUGCCAACAAACUCAAAGAAACCGAACGAGUCCUCGACAUUCUAGUAGACGAUUAUUCCGAUUACCACCGCCAGAAAAGAACCAAGUCAUCGGAGGAAGACUCUUCCACAACCACCAUCGAAACUCAAAUCAAACUAACGGAUAUACUCUCCUACGCGCACAAGAUAAGCUACACCACUUUCGCCCCACCCGUAUUCGGGGCGGGGCAGGCCCCCCUCCGGGGGGCGCUGCCCCCCGCCCCGCAAGAGGAGCAAAUGCGCGCUUCACAGCUGUACAAUUUCGCGGAUCUCGAUAUCGGGUUACCUAAAACGGACGAGGGCAGAGAGGGAAUUAUCGAGGCGGUGGUUGAAGCAGAAGCAGCAGCUCCGGCGAAGGAUUUGCUGAUGAUUCCGGCGAACAUUGUGGUUCCUUCAGGGUGGAAGCCUGGAAUGCCAGUGGAGUUGCCAAGCGAUCUUCCGAUUUUGCCCCCGCCAGGGUGGAAGCCAGGGGACCCGAUCACGCUCCCGCCGCUGGAUGCUCUGGCGGGUCCCGCGAGGCCCGACGAGCAGCAAUUGCGGGCGGGCCCGCCGCCGGUGUUGGGGAGGGCGCCGGAGCCUAUACAGGUACGGCAUGUGCAGCUUGAUAUCGAGGAUGAUAGUAGUGAUUAUAGCAGUGAUGGUGGCAGUAGCUCUGAAAGUGAGGAUUGAUGAUGGUUGGUUUUAGGGUUUUGUAUUAUGUUUAAUAGUAACCUUCGAUUUUUUUUUUCGACGAAGAUGAAUAUUUUCGACUAUUGUGGAAACUGUGAUUGGGUGGUCUGAAAAGUUUGUUAUGUACCUUAUGGGAUGUGUUUAUUUGUGAUUUUCAACAUUUGUAAAUUCUAUUUAAAAGUCGAUUUGUUAGUUUAA